CUGAUUCCAAGUUUAAAACUGAGGAAUGACGUCGGAGGGAGGUCAAUCAACACCCGAUGCCGAAGCCGCAGUUGCUCUGGCAGGGUUCGCCCAGACGGCUUCGACUGUGAGUCUCCCUAGCAACACAGCAAGUCGGAGGUCUUGGGACCAGGAACAUGCAGCAGCCGCCCCACCGAUGGACAAUGGCGCGGCUCAGCCUCCUGCGACUGCCCCCGCCAUUGAUCCCAAAUACCAUGCUGUUGUUGCAGCUGCUACGGCCCCUACUCACCCUCAACGUCAGCCUGCUGUAGCUUCGGCUGCAAGACCCGCCUACCCUUACUACCACCUCCCGCCUCAUUACUCUCACUACCCACCGCCACAUUACCCGCAUCCUUCCCAUCAUGCGCCACACGUACCAGCAUCAGCAGCACCAGUGGCAACACCUGCACCAGCGAUAGUCACUCAUGCAGCACCCGCUCCCGCGCAUCACACUACCAUUCAUGCAUCGGCUACCCCUGCCUCUGUUAGCCAUAUGGCAAGCCGACAACCUUAUGCCGAAGCUCAAUUUCAACCAAGGCCACAGCCUCAGGUACAACCCCAACAAGUCGCCGUCGAAAAGCCAACGGCUUUUCUCAUGUCCAUGUCAAGUAUAGGAUUCGGUGUGUCUCAAACUUGCUCUGUAGACGCCACUGAGGCUGCUGUUCGUGCCGUGCAAGAUUCCAUGGCAAGAUCUGCUGUUCGUGUUCCACCAUCGGAUGCUGUGAGGUCUCAGUUAACCAUCCAUGUCAAGUUAGGUGUCCCAGCUAAACCAACUGGAGAGCCAAUGCACGUGGAUACAUCUCGCCUGUCCCUUUUCUUGCCACAAUCUGUGCCCCUGGUGGGAGUAGAGAUUGUUGUGGGCGGCCUUUUGAUUGAUCACAAGGAAGCUGAUGGAGCGCCCUUGGCAGAAUCAACUGCGACUCCAAUCCCCAAUCCACACAUUUGUACUGCCGUUGCUUCUGUGACCUUACAGCAGGGGAAAUCCAAUCCUACUACCAGCAGCCAGCAAACUGCAGAACCAGUAUUGCAGCAGUCAACUGCCAGAGCUGCUCCUGUUCAGACAACCAACGGCAGGCCCCCUGAACCAACCCACGCUGUAGCACCGGCGACAGCAGCCCCAACAAACAGUCCAUGGAGUCAGUUGCAUUCACCCCCACUGCCACCACAUCCUCCACAGCAUCAUCGAUCGGUCUCACAGCCACUACCGGCUGCCUAUCAGCAUCCACCUGCAGCCGCUCCUCCACAUAGGGCGUCAACUACGACAACUCAUCCCGGACAGGGCCCGUCACAAGGCCAAGGAUAUGUGCAUAGAUCCAACUCCAUGGAAGUCUUGGCUCAGAUCAGUGGCGAAUUGAGGGAGAGACAGUACGGUCUUGUAAACAUUGCACCUGCUCCCCCCACCAGCAAUACCAAGACGGCAGCGUCAAGUGACACUCAGAAUGGAGAGGACAACAGCACCUACAACUACAAGAAACUUUCACCAGGAAUGACGCCCAAGAACAAUAAAAGGCUCUUUGUGCGACAUGAGUACAAAGACUACGCCAGAGAAAAACCACUCCCCGAAGAGAUGUUCCUCGUGCACUCGGACAGCCGCACGCCCAAUGCUGCUUUCCCCCUCAAGCUGCAUGAAACACUGGCGCAGAUUGAACUAGAUGGAUUGGGUCAUAUUCUUGGUUGGAUGCCUCAUGGGAGAAGUUUCAAGAUUCAUCAGCAACAAGAGUUUGUGGAUGUAGUUCUUCCGCGAUACUUUGUAAUGACAAAGAAAAGCUCUUUCUUACGGCAACUGAAUCUUUAUAACUUUAAUCGUAUCUCAGUGGGACCAGACAGUGGAAGUUACUACCAUGAAAAAUUCCUGAAGGGGCUCAAGUUCUUGUGUCGUCGCAUGACAAGGCAGAAGGUUAACGGAAAUGGAAUUCGAGCCGCGGGGAAUCCCGAAGAAGAACCCCAGCUCAAUAACUACCCACCCUGUCCACCCAAAAGCGUUGACUAUGGGAGCGACGACGAUGGCGACGAGUCUGCUGAGCAACUUGGUUCGGCACCAUUGCCAGCACUAGACGAAGGAUCUGCUGACACGAACCAACCUGCCAAGCAGGACAGCAAUGGCGGCAACAAUGGAUCUGUCAGGAGAACAUCCAGUGUGAGCCGCACUGACGGACCUGGGCACAACAACAGUUUCCCAUUCAAGUUACAUCGUCUGCUUGACAAAAUUGAAUCAGAAGGGACGAACCUGAAAGAUAUAAUUUCCUGGCAACCUCAUGGACGGUCAUUCUUGGUACACGAUGUAGACCGUUUUGUGAGUGAAAUAAUGAAUGGGAAAGUAUUCAACCAAAGCAAGUACAGCAGCUUCCAAAGGCAACUUCACAUGUACAACUUUCAGCGCAUCACAUUUGGGCGAGACAAGGGUGCAUACCACCAUGACAAGUUUCAGAGAGGACGCCCGGAUCUCUGCGUGUCCAUGGUUCGGACUCGUGUGAACGGCAAGGGCUGUCGGAGGCCUGGCGAUCCCGACAAUGAACCAGACUUCUAUGAGAUGGAGCACGCCCCAACGAUUGGACCGGGAGGUGUCCUUAUCGAACUUCCAACCGGUAACUCACAGGAAGAUGAUGACGAUAUGGAUGACAACGAGGAAUCUGAGAUGCAGAUUGUUGAUAACGGGGAAACAUCGGCAGUGGCAGUCUAA